GGUUUUCUUCGGUCCCUGACCAAACUUGCCCCUUUCCAUUUCUGCCUGGCUCUGAACGGAAGACUUCAGUCCAAUUUUCAGAACUGGCUGUUUUGAUUCUGCGCAAAAAAAAAAAAAAACACAAAAAAAACACCACUUUGGCUGCGAACCAUGCUCUGCAUAUUCGCAUAAGCACCUAAUGUUGCUUUACUAAAUUACCGAGAGGAGAUGAUGAGGGAAGACUGGCACCGGGAGCAUCUGCCAGGGCUGUAUAUUCUCCUUGUAUCGGUUUGCCUGACUUCCAGGAUUGUUUUCAUUCUGCAGCUGCUCUGCAAGCAAGUUUGUUUGCUGUUUUGUGGUUCACAAGAGGUGCCAUGAAUUUGUCACUUUUUCUUGUCCUGGUGCGGAUAAGGGACCGGACACUGACGACCCCAGGAGCAAGCACAAGUUUAAAAUCCACACUUAUGGAAGCCCCACCUUCUGUGAUCACUGUGGGUCAUUGCUGUAUGGACUUAUCCAUCAAGGGAUGAAAUGUGACACCUGUGAUAUGAACGUGCACAAGCAGUGUGUGAUCAAUGUCCCCAGCCUCUGUGGGAUGGACCACACAGAGAAGAGGGGCCGGAUCUACCUGAAGGCUGAGGUCACCGAUGAAAAGCUCCAUGUCACAGUACGAGAUGCAAAAAAUCUAAUUCCUAUGGAUCCAAAUGGGCUUUCAGAUCCUUACGUGAAGCUGAAACUCAUUCCUGAUCCCAAGAACGAGAGCAAGCAGAAAACCAAAACCAUCCGCUCCACACUGAACCCCCAGUGGAAUGAGUCCUUCACGUUCAAAUUGAAACCUUCUGACAAAGACCGACGGCUGUCCGUAGAAAUCUGGGACUGGGAUCGAACCACAAGGAACGAUUUCAUGGGAUCCCUUUCCUUUGGAGUCUCGGAGCUGAUGAAGAUACCGGCCAGUGGAUGGUACAAGUUGCUUAACCAAGAAGAAGGUGAGUACUACAACGUACCCAUUCCAGAAGGAGAUGAAGAAGGAAACGUGGAGCUGAGGCAGAAAUUCGAGGGAUGUUAUGUCCGCUUCUUGAAGAAAGCGAAGCUCGGCCCUGCUGGUAACAAAGUCAUCACCCCUUCAGAAGACAGGAGACAACUUUCCAACAACCUUGACAGAGUGAAACUCACAGACUUCAAUUUCCUCAUGGUGCUGGGGAAGGGGAGUUUUGGAAAGGUGAUGCUCGCUGACAGGAAGGGGACAGAAGAACUGUAUGCCAUCAAAAUCCUGAAGAAGGACGUGGUGAUUCAGGAUGACGACGUGGAGUGCACCAUGGUGGAGAAGCGAGUCCUGGCCUUGCUUGACAAGCCCCCGUUCCUGACACAGCUACACUCCUGCUUCCAGACGGUGGAUCGACUGUACUUUGUCAUGGAAUAUGUCAACGGUGGGGACCUCAUGUACCACAUCCAGCAAGUAGGAAAAUUUAAGGAACCACAAGCAGUAUUUUAUGCGGCAGAGAUCUCCAUUGGAUUGUUCUUUCUUCAUAAAAGAGGAAUCAUUUACAGGGAUCUGAAGUUAGACAAUGUCAUGCUGGACUCAGAAGGGCAUAUCAAGAUUGCUGACUUCGGGAUGUGCAAAGAGCACAUGAUGGAUGGAGUCACAACCAGGACCUUCUGUGGGACUCCAGAUUACAUUGCUCCAGAGAUAAUCGCUUAUCAGCCGUAUGGGAAAUCCGUGGACUGGUGGGCCUAUGGCGUCCUCUUAUAUGAAAUGCUAGCUGGGCAGCCUCCAUUUGAUGGCGAAGAUGAAGACGAGCUGUUUCAGUCGAUAAUGGAGCAUAACGUUUCUUACCCAAAAUCCUUGUCCAAGGAGGCCGUUUCCAUCUGCAAAGGACUGAUGACCAAACACCCCGGCAAGCGGCUGGGUUGCGGGCCCGAGGGGGAGAGGGACGUGCGGGAGCACGCCUUCUUCCGAAGGAUCGACUGGGAGAAACUCGAGAACAGGGAGAUCCAGCCGCCCUUCAAGCCCAAAGUGUGUGGCAAAGGUGCAGAAAACUUUGACAAGUUCUUCACGCGAGGGCAGCCUGUCUUAACACCACCUGAUCAGCUGGUCAUUGCUAACAUAGACCAGUCUGACUUCGAGGGGUUCUCGUAUGUCAACCCCCAGUUUGUGCACCCCAUCUUACAGAGCGCAGUAUGAAACUCACCACCGAGAACUAACGCCUCCCCAGCCCCCAGCCCUCCAGCAGUGGGAAAUGAUCCUUAACCCUAAAAUUUUAAGGCCAUGGCCUUUUCUCCCGUUCCAGAUGGAGGCCUGAAAAUUUUAGGGUUAUUAGUCCAAAUGUGAGUAACUGUUCAGGGUUUCUGUCUUACAACCAAGAACAUUAUCUUAGUAGAAGGCAGUAUCAUGUACAGUGUUCAGUUUAAGUAUGUAGAAGUCACAUCUGGCUGUAGAUUAACCCUUCCUAAAAAACAAACUCGCCCCCUUUUUUGGUACGGUUUGAUAUAUCUUCCAUGCCCUCUGUCAGUUUCCACCAUUGGGAUUCCCCCAACCAGAGAUGUUCAAAUGAACCUGUCCCGGUCCAGUGGGCAAGAAAAUAUCUCCACCUGAGAUGUCUUUGGACUCCAAGAACGGGGACCCCAGAAUGUGAGCCAGGCGGGAUUGGGGGUAGGGGAGACUUGGAAAUCCCCGCUGCUUCUGUUCUCUGCCUCAAUGGAAACAGUCCCGAGAUGAAUCAAGUCCCUACCGGUGAGUCGUUUGCAAGCUGUUACCAGACGUUGACUGUCUUAACCCAAUCACGGUUCAGUGAUGACCGGUUUUAAAAAAACAGACACCUCAGAGGAAUGUUGGUGAGUCUGUCAGCUGCCCUAUUUGGAUGAUAAAUUAUCUGGAUACUUGCAUUUCUUUUUAAGAGGCCAAAUCUAAGAACUUUGCUAAAUCAGCAUGUGACAUCAUUUCAGAUCAAGGAUAACCCAGUGUGUGUGUACGUUCAUUUUAAUCUCUGGGAGAUUAUUCCGUGAUCCAGGGUGCCAUCCGCAAUUAUGCCACUACUCGUGAGUGUUGUUAGCCAACCCCCACCCCGACCGAUAUUUUGCUGCCUACUUCCUGAGAAGCUGAAGCAUACGCCCCAUCCCCUUUUGUACUUAUUUAUUUAAUAGGCUGCGGUGUCGUUGAUGAGAGUAUUGCUGUAAAGUAACUGAACAGAGUGUUGACUGUAGCAUAAGUCUCCAUCGAUCGGUAUCUCUCCCAUCUCCAGCCCCCGACAUCCGCUAAGGGACGGAAACCAAUGCAGUUUCGGUCCCCAUUUCCAGAUCAUGUUGAAUGGCACACCUGGGGGCGUAGAAUCAGGAAAAUCUGGAUGCGCAUCAGCUCAAAGAUAUUUUAUUGCUCGAAGGAUUUUAAUAUGUUUUGCAAAUGCAUCAUGCAAUGAAUUUUGCAUGUUUAUAAUAAACCUUAAUUACAAGUGAAUCUAUAUUAUUGAUAUAAUCGUAUCAAGUAUAAAGAGAGUAUUAUAAUAAUUUUAUAAGACACAACUGUGCUAUAUUUGUGAAGGCUCUUGUUUCUAAUCUGCUUCUAUGAUUAAGUUUUAGCCUAAUUCCUUGCUGCCUCCUGUCCCCCCACCCCCACCCCAUGCAUACUCCACACACUGGCACUGUAUCAGAUAUAUUAAUUUCCUGUCGUAGCUCUAAUUUUGAAAACGAAUGGCUCUUUUACGUGCUUAAUUUGAUUCUACCUGCAAACAAAAGUUUUGUGGUCGGGGAUCGUCUCUGAGAGGACACUCUCUCCCAGCUCCUUAGCAACAUCUUCUGUCCUGGUUCCUAUUCCACUCUUCCUCGUGGGGACAGCGGGAAGUGUCGGACUCCCGUACGUCUAGUGUGUUCGUGCAGGUGUGAUGUUGUUGCAGCCCCUGGGCUGGAUUUUGUUUGGUUUUUCCUUUUCAGCUUUGUUACUGUUAGUGGCUCGGGGUGGGAGGGACAGGAGCUUGGACGCAGCAGAAGGACUCUGUCCGCCUUGCCCGCCCCCGGCACGACUUGCCGUUCCCUCCAGCACAUCACAGACUUCAUGAGACAAACCGUCCCGUCCAGCCGCCCCUGGGAACCGCCGUCCCCUGGCACUAACGGCAGACUCUUCAGAAGCUGCAGGUUUUCUCCCACCUGUUGCUCGAACUGGCCUUUCCGGUCUCGGCGAAGAGCACUUCUGUGGCGAGAUGCUGCGCUAACAACACAAGGUCCUCGGAGAAGCCAGCCUCCUACAACAGAAAGAACAUGGAAGCGGGGAUCAUUUCGUACAGGGGCCUCUCCGUUUCCCCUUCUCCCCCAAAUGCGUUUCUCAACUAAGCACCUCCUCAUUUUUACUCUCUGGCUAUUUGCCUGAAAUUCACGUCACAACCGCUGAAGGGUCUUUGAGAUGGCAGACCCAGUCUGUCCUGGAAAGCCUGGACUGGAGGAAGAGGUGGGGUAGGCAGUGGAUCCUCCUGGAAAAGAGCAACUUCCUCCGCACCGCCUUUUACGGGCUGUAGGCUUCAGAAUUCAAAAAGGGCCCCAGCACGCCCAGAGCUGCAGCCCCCCCCUGGUCAGUGCACAUUUGGGGGACACUUCCCCACCAGGUACCCCUCGUUCGGUGCGAUAGAAAAGGGACCAGUUCAUAGAAUGAGCCUAAGAAACAAAAAAGCCAGACGCCCGCCCUGCCCCAGGACUGAGCAGCCGCAGGACGAACCCCCAGCCAAGCCCCAGGCAGUGAGGAAAGUUUCAGAAAGGAACUCGUGGGGUUAUGGACUAUUUGUUCCCGAGCCCCACGCUGCCUGCUUGUUUUUUAAGCCAGCAGGAGUCUCAGGCUUUCCCUCGAACAGCCAACACAUUUCCGAAUUCAUAAUUCUCCAGGAAACAUGUUCAGCAUCUCAGCCGGCUUGUAUUCUUUCAGAAUGCAUGGCAGAGUCUUAAGAGGAGAUAUCCUGGCUGUGGGGCCCAGCACUUGGCCUGCGGGACAGCAGGCUUGAGCACAAACUUGAAGGAAAGACAGUAAAACUCAGGGCCUGGUGAAGUGUUACCCGUGCUGUACCCUGUUCGGUACGUGGCUUUGUACCAAAUUUAGAUAAGGGCUAAAUGUUUUAAAGGUCUGAGAAGCCCAAGACCGUGAUUGCCGGAAGAAUAAACCAUGGGGGUAACCCUUGCCAACCGUUAGACCAGCUUAUAAAGGAAUUGAUUUAUAUAAGCCUGUGGCGUGGUCCCACUUCACGGGCAUCGUAUGAAAUAAAAGUGCAGGGAAGGGGUGCUUUGCUGGCCGCAGCGGGCGGCUGGAAUGAGGGGAAGCACCUUGGAUGGCAGAUGACCGGGGGCCUCUUGAAAGACCAGCCCCUGAGCGCCGCCCGAAUCACUGAGGACCGCGGAGGUCCAGGGCCCGGGCAGAAUCUAGCACAGGCUACUUCUCCACCAGACUCUUCGGUCCGUAACUCUGAGAGGCCGUUCACAUCGCCUUGCGUCCUGUUGUCCCUUGGACGGUGGCUGCUUCUAAGCAGAACUUGGCUCCGAGGCUACAGACCAGAGGGCUGGCAGUCCUUCUCUUGGUGUCUUGUCUGAAGGCCCUAGAUGCUUGGCUUGGACGGAAGGACGUGGAGUGUGCUCCUGGCUGCAGCCCGCAGAGGUUAAUGGGAGGUGCACUGAAGGCGGGAAGCAAUUCGAAAGGUCGAUAGGAGACCCUAGGAACUGAAAUAAUCGCUCUCUGGCACAUCUACUUCUCUUUUAUCCCCGUGACCUAGUACCAGUGAAUGCAGACCUUCUUAGGAGAUGUGUUAGGCUUAGUAGGAAUUUUGGCAGAAAAUCAGAGAGUGUAGGCCACUCUAGAACUUCCCCUGACAUGGUUGGUUAAAAGGUGGUGAAAAACCAAGGUGGGUGUAAGCCAGCAGACGGUUGCGGAGCGCGUCUCUGAGCUGCAGUCCUUAGCAGAGCGUGCAACUUAUUUGCUCGGAUGAAUACACAGAGCCCAAGAGAGACACCCGUUGACGUCCCGAGAAGGGAGAGGUUGGUGGAGGCCGAGGUCAGUAAGGCGUUCAAAGAAGAGCAGGGCUUGAGCGUGUCCAGGAGGAUUUUGCAAGGAGGAGGAAGCCAGGAGAGCGUGGAAGGAGAGGGCAGCUGGGGAAGGAACCUGCUGCUAUUUCCGGUGGCUUUGCGCUGUUGGUUGUUGAUGCACCUGCUGGUCCCGGAGAGCAGUUUUGCUGCCCGAAACACAGUCUAGUCCUCCUCAGGAAACAUCUCCUGAGUGCCAGCCAAUUCCUCACUAGUCCUCGAGGCCCCCUUCCCCUGCCUGCCUUGGAGGGGCUCACCAUUCCCUGGGCAGAGCCAAACCAGCCAGCACACCCUGGAAGCCAGUAGGUCCCCACCCAUUUUCUCCUGUGGCUUCCUGCCAAGAGUUAGGGCAGCCGGGGAUGGAUGGAGAAGUGGCAAAAAUAACUUCACACUGCAGUUCCCACCUGAUUGCACUUCGCAGGACAAAUUUGGGUUUUUCCUGCUGGGAUCUGACUUCUCAGUACCAAAGAGGGAGGAAAAGUGAGAGUCUUAUGUUUUUAAAUGCCUCAGAAAGGCAACACCAACUGACUGUCAUUUUCUCACUUUGGUCUGAUGAAGCCAGUCACCUCUCUCUUGUGUGUGCUCAUCACACCAUUUCCUGUCCCUUUAAACCCAGCAAGGGCGGGCGCCUGUUCCCCCACCGAGCACACUCAACAGUCAUCAUCAAGAAAUAGACGCUGACCUGGGGACCCAGAUAGGAUGGUCCUAACAGUUACAGGAGCAGCAAAGCCAUGACAGUUAUAAUGAAGGAAAGGGCCCCUCUACUGCUUAGUGACUGCACACUAAUUUGACAAGUGGAGAAAUCGUUUUUAAAACAUUUUCCUUGAGUUCCUUGGGUUACAUUUUAUGAAAUAUACCAGACUGUAAACAUUUCUGUCAUUUCCCAUCUGGGCCGACGCAACAAAUCUAGGGAAUGCCAUAUCUUUCUGCUGCAAAAGAUACAGAAAAUUGGGGAAGGUGACCUGAGUUAUAGCAAGCAAAGGCAUCUAGAAGUCGUGUCAACCCCAAUUCGGUUAAUUCUCUGAUGUCAGGGACUCUUGGGGAGUUGAAAUCAUGUAUGACCAGGAAUCCCAUGCCUCUGAUUUGUGUUCUGAUCAGAUGUCAGUUCAUAACUGUGUAGGUCUCAGUCAUGAAACAGCCUUACAGUGACCCUACACUAAGGCCCACGAGUUCCAAAGACUUUUUCUGAAACCCUUAGGAAGAAAUUAAUUUGUUAAUUCCAGUAGAACAACCGAGUAUACUGGGCUAUUUGUACUUUUUUAUGGAGAACUUUAAUAACUCAAUUCUUCUUUUAAGAUAAGUUUUUAAAAUAAAAUUACUGACACUUUCAUAAGAUUCCAAUCCCUUGGAGUCUAUAGGAGGACUCAGACGGGGUCAGGCUAGAGCACCCCUGACCUGCACUCCCACUGCAGGAUUUUCCCAUGCCAGUGGUAUAUGGAGUCCACAUCAGAACGGCUGGAAAUCAGGUGGAAUGUGUUGGCAGACUGAUGCCCUCCAUGUUUUUAAUGGACACUGGGGAUAACCAUCUAAGGUCUAGAGACUUUUGGACCAUAGGAAAGAUAGCUUUGUUGUCCCCCUUCCAGAUGGAGCCCCGGGAUAGCAUUCCCCUGGGAUCCCUGGGGUCCCUUUCCUUGCUCUGUGAGGCUCUGUGACCACCUUUUGGUUUGAGGGGCAGGACAUUUCCUCAGCUCUGUCUCCAGUCCCCAUGGGUCCCCAAGUCUCACAUUCAGUGAAGAUUCAGAAGUGCCCUGUAGAGAUUUUGUCCACUGGGCAAUUCAGAUCUAAUUCAAUAUCCCCAAGAAAGAAGAGGUGUGACAGCAAGCACCCCCUGGGGCAUCUCUUUCAGAAUCCUCUCUUAUGUGAGUAGACAGAACCCCACUUUUCAGAAAACUAUCAAGUCUUUAUAAGAACCUUUUUUUCUUUUCUAAAGACAAAAGGUGGCUUUGCAUUUUCUGAUUAAAUAACUGUGUCUUUGUCUCCUCUGCUUAACUUUAGGAGUAUUUAUUCCUGUGAUUGUUCGUAGAUUUUUGUUGAUAUUCUUCCUGGAAGGAUGUGAUUCUUAAGGGGAUUAGCGGACUAUUCAAAAUCAUCCACCGAAGGCAGUUAUUCUUUGGAGUCUAAAUGGUCUAAAAAUUCACCUCAUAUCCUUUCUAUCAGGGUCUUUCAGAAUAGCUUUUAUAGAUGGUCAGAGACAUUUGAAGUCAUUGCUUUUGCCACAUGAUCGUGUGUGUGUGUGUGUUUGUGUGUGUGCGAAGGACAGGUCAUGUUUAAAUCGUUAAUUGAAAAACAUCGUGUAAGACCCCAAAUUCGGACGGAGGAGGAAGAGGAACAGGUGGCGGUUGAGGUUUUCCCUUCUGUAUAAGCACCUACGGAUGAAAUGUAAAGGCCAUUCAACUGUCCAGUAACAUUUGGUUUAAAGCAGGCGAGAUAGAUGUAUAAAUUCAGUGCUUUCCUCACUUUGUAGAACCUCUGAUCUUCGUUUGCAUGAUAUGCUUUGUUAGACACAUUAAUUGUAGUUUGGAAGCAAGUGUGUACAAAUAAAUAUAACGAUCAUUGCUCA